AUGAGAUGGAAGCCGGCAGCGCUGACCAUCAUUGGCCGUCUCCUACACGCCGCCCUCGUGCUUACGCUCACGACCCUUCUCUUCAAGACCGUAUAUCACGCUUUCUUCCUCCUAUCCGCAGAAUCGACGACGCCGGCGGAGCUUACACUACAAGCAGGACGCGGCGGCAACCAGCGGGCGCGUGGUCCGGCGCCUGAAGAGAUUGCCGAAUCGCUGAAUACCUUCUGGAUGUCGUUUGACUUUGACCACUGUCGGAAUGUUUGCGAGGCGUCGAGGAUUGCUUGUAGGCUGAGGCAUUGCGAGCAGGUUCCGGGGGUGAGGGAAUGGGAUUGA